UUCAGUUUUUAAAGACCCGCGAACCGUGAAACAGUGCAAACCGUUGCUCGUUCCGUUUAUAGAUCAUCCAUUGUUGAUCGAUUGAAAGAAAACAAGAGUUUGAAAGUUGUGCGAUCUUUCAGUUGAAAAUAAAAGUAAAACCCAUUGAUUAAUCGACACACACAUACACGCAAACAAGAUGCACAGCAAAUUGUUGGACGAGCUGAACGAGAAUGGCUACGUUGUCAUCGAGGACUUUCUCACCGGAGAGGAGGUGGACUCCCUGUACCAGGCUGGACGGACCUUGUGCCUGGAUGCCCCACAAACAAAUCGGAAGAUCUUCAGCACCAUCAAGGCCGAGGAUGCACACAGCAAGGAGCUGUACUUCAUGGAUUCGGGCGACAAGGUGCGCUACUUCUUCGAGAAGGGAGCUGUCGGUGAGGAGGGGCAGCUGCUGGUGGACCCCAUGAUUGCGCUGAACAAAGUGGGACACGCUCUGCACGUGGAGCAUCCCACCUUCAAUUCGAUCACAUUCAGCAACCGCGUGCGGGAGAUCUGUUGGCAGUUGAACUACAAUCGCCCGGCCGUGUGCCAGAGCAUGUACAUUUACAAGAAUCCCGGCAUCGGGGGCGAGGUGAUUCCCCAUCAGGACUCCUGGUAUCUGCACACAGAGCCCAACUCUGCGGUGGGCUUCUGGAUGGCGCUCGAAGAUUGCACGCUGCACAACGGUUGCCUGCAGUUCAUCAAGGGCUCCCACAAGAGCGGCGUUCAUCGGCGCUAUAUGCGCAAUCCCGACACCAAUGCCACCGAGCUGAUGGUCUACGAUCGUGCUGCUCCAAUCUAUCCGCAGUCCAGCUUUGCACCCAUUCAAGUCAGCAAAGGCACCUGCAUCCUCAUCCACGGCAAUGUGGUGCACAAGAGCGAACAGAAUCGUUCACAGAAGAGCCGCCAUGCCUACACGUUCCACGUGAUCGAGACUGAGAAUAAUGUGAAGUAUUCGGAGGAUAACUGGCUGCAGGCCCCGCAGGACAAGCCCUUCCCCGUGCUGUUCGAGCGCAAGGCCUAAGGAACUGAUCGUGAUGUGGUAUUCUUUGCAUAUAAGUCCUCUAGUGAAUCCAUAAGUUUUGUUUACAUGCCAAAAUGUAUGAAAUAAUCGUAAAUUUAAUGAAUAAAUGCAGUAUAUUUUGAAUUUGAA